UUUAGCUAGUAAAUAAAAAUUUCAAGCGAUAUAAUUUUCAGUACCAUCGGCCGCAAGAUUUGCGUUUUUUGAGACCAGUUUUAGCGAUUUAAAUCGAAGAUGCCUGAGGUCGUGGUUUCCCUGCGGCACGACGAUGUUGAGGAAGUUGCACCGUACUAGACAUGCGUCUGGACGUGCCUGUCAUGCAGUCACCAGAAUGGAAGGACGACAAGAUCAAGAACCAGUAUCAUGCCUCCGAUAGGUGCAGCGGCACGGUCAGUAACGAAGCUGCUGCUACCUGCAACAGGUGACUCUGUACUAGACUCCGCUAUUCGACGAGAUCAAGACUGGAGUGGUUCCAUCGAAGCCGGUGCCGACCUCUCUAGUUUUUGAUGUCAGCCAAUCGCAUCGAGGACUUGCCACGUUCACGACAUCCUGAGUGGAGUCGCUGGUAGAAGAAGUUGUUCGACAACUUUAUCGACUACUCGUUACCGCAGGCAUCUUAAUCUACCGACGACGGUGGGGGUGCGGAAUAAAGCUCGAAUUGCCUCGGCGAGCGAAGACCACUCAUCAAGGGAGCAGCUGAGUAGAACGAGCUCCAUGCCGUUGCUGCUGGGUAGAGGAAGUUUCGCUGCUGAACAAACUCUUCGGCUGUACAACUACUGUGCCUGCUGAGUGUUGUAGAAGUACUAAAACCCAUCUUCGGCGCGGGCACCAUCGUCCUGGUCUUUCUUGGAUACCAUCACCUCCACCGCGACCCAUCAUGAACAAGCUGCGGGAGGAGGUGCUCCUCAAGAUCGAGGAGAUGGGCCUGCUGCUCUCCAAGGAGCUGCGGGACCGCGUUGCCGAGGAGCGGGCGCUGCGCAAGCAGACGCUGGCCGACUUUGAUCUGAAGAUCCGAGAAUUCAUCAAGUCCGUCUCGGCCAGUCAGAGCAGCCUGGUCGCGAAAUUGUCGAAGAAGGUAACGCAGUUGGCAAAGGACACCGAGGAGUCGGAAAGGGGCUGGAAGCAAGGUAAGAGAACAAUAUGGAUCUACUACACAUAAAUUAAUACCUAGUCGGUGGACGGUUUGUAUAGGUAAAGAAGAAGAUGUUAAUAAAAGUCAAAGCCAGUUGUAUCUCUAUCUGUAAAUAGAACGUCGUAAAAAUUUAUUUCUGCAAUAUACAUAUCGAAUGAUUGACCCCCACAGGUGUCGGCUCUGUUGCCAACGUGAUUCGUUCGCUGCAGCCCGCACUAGACAAGGAAAUCGCGACCCGAACCGCGAACGAGGCCAAAAUGAAUCGGAAACUAGAGGAGAGCAUGACGGCCAUCGCGACGGAAGUGGAGAUGGUCACGGGGAAGGCGUUUCAGCAAAUAGAGGACCUGGGGCAGAAGGUCCAGGGCAUGCAGAAGAAAGUGGAAGGUACAGAACUAGUUGGAGGUAAAAACAACGAAUGUGUUUUAAAAGUACUUUUCGUCUUAUAACGCGUGCUGGAGGGCUUUCAUGGCUCUCGUGCUCGUGGUGUUGCUGUCCCAAGUAAAUGCCAGGUACCCAAGAAGUAGAGAAAAAAAUCAUCAAAAUUUGAUGAUUUUUUUUAUCUAUACGUUGCAGCAAACUCCACUACCACUUGUAUCAGAGCUCGCGCACCGGCAAUUCACACUCGAGAACACGGUGAAGACCGACAUCGAGAGAGCGAAAGUCGAGAUUCUGCAAUCCGUGAUGGCGGCCAUUGAGGAGGAGAGGAAAGCGCGACAAGCGCUCGAAAAUUCCAUGCGGGACAAGGACAUGGAAUCGCAGCUGAAUCAGCAGCGGUUGUCGGGACAGCUAGACAACAUCCAGACGCGAGCGGAGCAGGAAGCGGAGCAGCAUGCGCAACGGUUGAAAGAAGCCGACACGAAGCAGAGCGAGGCACUCAACAAGCUGAAGGACCUCACGCAGCAGGCCAUGCAGAGGAGUGAGGAAGACAGGUGCUUACUGAUCUGAAGGACUUCUAAAAUGCGAUUUUUGUCAUGCGGUAGACGCCUAGGCAUAGGCGUUUGAUUCCGUCAUGCAGAAUUGAACAAGUACUUUGAGGAAAUUCAAAAUUUUCUCAAAAUAAAACAGGGAGCGCAAGAUGAAGGACCAACAGGACUACAUGCAGAAAUUUGUCUCUGACAACUUCACAUCUUCCGACCAGAUGAAGAAGCAGGUGGACUUUUUCCAGUCGGAGCUGAACGAAAAGGGCGACUGGAUAGAGCGGGCGGAGCGGUCCUGGCAGAGCAGGCUCGAAGAGGAGGGGGACUUGCGCCGGCAGGACUACAAACAGCUGGAGACCUACCUUUCGACCAGGAUAAAAGAAGUGGCCGGCGACGUGAAAGUUUUGCUCGACGCCAUGGAGCCACAGCAAGUUGUAAACCAAAAGGCGGCGGAGACCGAACAGUCAACCAACGCGAAUAAAAAACAAGUAUAAAUGGAAUUUAUUAUUUCGUGAUUCUUUUCUUGCAUGCAGACCAAGGUCUUUUUGUUCACAUGCGCCGUUGGGACCACAGGUACGCCUAUGGGCGCAAUUCCUGGUUGUUUUGUGCGCAUGAUAUGUACGAAGUGCUGUUUAAGAAUAACCAACAAACUAGAUUCGGGACCUGUGGACCUCGCUAGAGGGUGUCCGCGGAGAGUUUGGCGAGUUUGCGCAGGAGCAGAAAAUGGUGCUGGGCUUCUUGGACACACAACAGAAGAUACGGCUAGAGAAAAUGUCUUUUUCACAUCGCUUGUGCGUCGCUCUGGCAUUCAUUCUGUUUUGUAUGCAUAACCGUAAGAUCACUGACAGUGUUAGGAUACCGGGGCGGAUCAAGAUCAUGCCCCGCUGCGUAUUGGGAGGGGGAAGGGUGAUCUUGAUAGAAGAACUUGGAAAAAGAUGUUCUGUAUACGAAAGCGAUGUUGAAGAUUUUCCCCGGCGAUAGAAGACGAAAUUCGGAAUCUUGCAAAAGGACGUGUCGAACCUGCUCACGUUAUACGGGACGACAGACCGACCACAAUAGCACACGGGAAAAAGAGGUUUGCUUGGAACAGCACACUGCGAGCUUUUUUUUGUACUUGUUUAUUUAUACUCCUGGCCCUGCUGUGAAGUAGAGGAUAUGAAGAAUCAAUAGCAUCGAAAAAUUUUACACCAAUUACACGUAGUGCUUCUGAAGCUGCUUGUGGACAUUGGCUUCAGGACCACACUGUAACUCACAAGAGAAAUAAUUAAGACUCAAUCAACAAAUGCAAGUCGAAAUGCAAAUUUUGCACAUCGCAAAUUGAAAUGAAAGAAUAAAGCGUGAAGCGGUGAUAAUUGCCGAACUGCUACGACGGAAUCGACACGGAUAUUUUG